AUGGAAGAUGAUGAGAGUCAUGCAAAUGCUCCUACCACCACAAACCCAGAAAGCCCUUGCCUAAAAUCCAGCAGUGGCAGCGGCAGCAACGGCAUCAACAAGGAGCAAGAUCGGUUUCUUCCCAUCGCCAACGUCGGGCGAAUCAUGAAAAAGGUCAUUCCUGGGAACGGGAAAAUCUCAAAAGACGCUAAAGAGACAGUGCAAGAAUGCGUAUCCGAAUUCAUUAGCUUUGUUACCGGAGAAGCAUCUGAUAAAUGCCAACGAGAAAAGAGGAAGACUAUCAACGGCGAAGAUAUCAUAUGGGCCAUCACAACUCUAGGGUUUGAGGAUUACGUAUCUCCACUUAAACAGUAUCUCAGCAAGUACAGAGAGAUUGAAGGGGAAAAGCUUAAUAUUCCAAAGCAACAUCGUUCCGAGCAAAGGCUACAACAACAGGAACAAGAACAAAAUUUACCAUACGCUAGUGUAUAUUCUUCCACAACUCUCAUCUCUCAGCCUCCUUUUGUGGCUGCUGAUCAGCCAUUUCCUUUGCCUUUCUCUGCAGAUUCAAUUCAAAAACAAUUACACCAACAAGAACACUUUGAUUCGGGGGGUCGUUGGUGA